AUGAUCCAUCCAUUAUUACAACGUCAAGAAAAUAUAAUUCCUGAACGUCAUUAUGAUUCAGAAGAUUAUAUAUUUGGAGUUGAAAUAUCACCUAUUAAAGGAAUAUUUCAACCUAAAUUAGAAGGUGAAAAGAAAGAAUUAUUACUUUCAUUACCAAUUGAAUAUUUUCAAAGUAUUGUUAAUGAAAAACAUCUUGAAAAAAAACAAUACUUUUUUGAUAAUUAUCCAUGUUUUAUUUCAUGUUAUAAUUCUCUUUGUUUAUUUUCUGGUUCAUCAAUUCCUAUUGAACAUACUACUUCUUUAGUUAAUAUUUUAUAUUCAGUAUUUCAAUUUAAUAAAGUAAUUACUAUUGAUACUGUUGAUACAAUAAAAACUAUUUCUCAAUUAUCAACUUCAUUUGUAGAAAUUAAAUCUAAUUUUCCUGAAUUACUUCCACCUUAUACAUUACCUAAAUCAAGUGCAGCUUUAUUUACUUUUUGUGAAUUUAAUCACCUGUCUUGUAUUUCUUUAAUUCUAGAACAAGAAAAACAACAAGUUAAUCAAUUAUUAUCAUUUCUAGAAUUAUCAACUCCAUUAAAGGAUAUUUCACUUCCAUCAGUGUCUUAUUCUUUUUCAACCCUUUAUGCUUAA